AACUUCAAGAAUGAUAUCAUCAUAUCAUAUCCUCAAAAAAAUGGGAACUAAAACAACUUCCUUUUCCUUUCUGUUCCCGAUCUCAGUUCUUCUAAUAUUCAUCAGCCUCUUCACAAUCAUCACACAAACGAGUACUGGUAGUGCCGAGCCACUCUACACCAACUCGCGGUGGAUAGUGGACGAGGGCGGGCGGAGAGUGAAGCUGGCGUGCGUGAACUGGGUGUCGCAUCUGGAGCCGGUGGUGGCCGAGGGCCUAAGCAAGCAGCCACUCGACGUCAUCGCCGCCCAAAUCUCGGCGCUCGGUUUCAACUGCGUACGCCUCACGUGGCCGAUCUACUUGGCCACCAAUGACUCCCUGGCCUCCCUCACCGUCCGAGACUCCUUCCAGAGGCUCGGCCUCGAAGAAUCCAUCGCCGGCCUCCAGACCUAUAACCCCUCCAUCGUCGAUCUCUCUCUCAUCCAAGCUUACCAGGCUGUGGUGAGUAGCCUUGGCAGCAAAAAUGUGAUGGUAGUCCUGGAUAACCAUGUGACCAAGCCCGGUUGGUGUUGCAGCAACUUUGAUGGCAAUGGUUUCUUUGGCGACCAGUACUUCGAUCCAGACCUCUGGAUUAAAGGCCUUACUCACAUGGCCACAUUGUUCAAGGGCGUGCAGAAUGUCAUUGGCAUGAGCUUGAGGAACGAGCUCCGAGGCCCUAAGCAGAACGUAAACGAUUGGUUCAAGUACAUGCAAAGAGGAGCUGAGGCAGUCCACUCGGCAAAUCCAGAUGUUCUUGUUAUUCUCUCUGGUCUUUCAUACGACACAGACUUGUCAUUCCUGAGCAAUCGGGCAGUGGACCUCACAUUUUCGGGGAAAUUGGUCUUUGAGCUCCACUGGUAUGGGUUCUCUGACGGGAGCGCAUGGGUGAGUGGCAACCCGAACCAAGUGUGCAGCAUGGUGGCCAACAACGUGAAAAGAAAAGCAGGAUUCUUGUUGGACAAGGGAUGGCCAUUGUUUGUGAGUGAGUUUGGUGUGGACCAAAGAGGCACCAAUGUGAAUGACAACAGGUACUUAAAUUGCUUCUUAGCUGUAGCAGCUGAGCUUGAUUUGGAUUGGGCUCUUUGGACACUGGUUGGAAGCUAUUACUUUAGGCAAGGGGUUGUGGGGAUGAAUGAGUAUUAUGGAGUCUUGAACUGGGACUGGAAUGAGAUAAGAAAUGCAAGUGUCUUACAGAAGAUCUCUGCCAUACAAUACCCUUUUCAAGGGCCUGGUUUAGCAGAAACCAGGAAGCACAAAAUCAUCUUCCACCCGUCGACAGGUCUCUGUGUCGUACGAAAAUCAUUCACUGAUGCAUUGACAUUAGGUCCUUGCUCCAAGUCUGAUGGCUGGUACUAUACACCCCAGAAGAUAUUGGAAAUCAAAGGGACAUAUUUCUGUUUACAAGUAGAUGAUGUUGGGAAGCCAGCUCGGCUUGGCAUAAUUUGCAUGGAGUCUGAUUCAAAAUGGGAAAUCAUCUCAGAUUCUAAGCUGCACCUCGCAGCCAAGACCAGCAGCGGCACUACUGUUUGCCUAGACGUUGAUUCGAACAAUGUUGUUGUAACGAACUUGUGUAAAUGCUUAAGCAGAGAUAGUUCCUGUGACCCGGGAAGCCAAUGGUUCCAGCUUGUUGACACCACGAGAAGACCAAGGUUGGAUUCUUCCACUAAGAUCAAAUCGGUCUUGGAAUUGGGAAUUGCCCGGUAAAGAUUUCGAAUGGAAGUCUUUGACCACGGCAUGAGAUAAAGCAGCAAACGAAGCAACUAGACAGGGGAUUCGGAACUAAAAAAGCCUGGAGACCAAAAAAGAAAAAAACACGAAGUUCUUUGAUAUACAGGUACAAAUAAUCCAAAAAGAUAUACAAGAAAAAGCAAUUUUAUAUGCUAUUUAGCUAAAGAAAAGUGUGUGAGAUAAAAUUAGAAGGAACUAGGAAGGUUUACCUCUUUCUAUAUGUUUUGUAAAGCAAAAGAUGUAUUGUUUGGCUCUUGAGCUUCUCGAGUAAAACAGUUCAUUGUUGUGUAACGUUCAGUCAAUUGCACAAACAUACUCAUUUACUGAAUUUCAAUAAUACACGCAACAAUCAAAAA